ACCCAGAGAUGGUCCAAUGUCUUUGAUUUAGAAAAGACCCUCCAAUUAGGAUGGGAGAUUUUUAUUUUUUUUUGUCUUUGCUGGAUAAAAAAAACUGUUCUGCUGUAGGCAAAUUGCAGCCCAUUCUCUACAAACCCAGAUGUACAACUUACAAGCUUCCCACAUCCAUUAACUCCACUUGAUUUCCUCAGGGUUGGCUGUAGAUGGGCAGAACAAGGAAGAGAAAUUGCAAACAACUUUUAAAACCAGUUUCCAUUUGGUUAUUGUGGAAAAAUACGUCUUUAGAGGUUUUUUCCAAGGAGAAAAAAAAAUUAAAUUAACGGAUAGUGUAAAAAAAACUUUAAAUGUUUUAGGUUUUGGGGCGAGGGAUGUCCGUGUGUAAAUGUGAAGCAAAGGAUUCUGCAGUGCUCUGGUCAGUCUCGGAUCCCAUGAGUCAGGCUUUAGUGGUUCUCUUCUCUCCCUCCAUCUGUCCUCAGAAAAGCUCCAGUGAUCCCUCAGCCCUCUCCAGCCGCAGCGUGGGACAGCAGGCAGUGAACACCCCCUCCCCAUCCCACCUCCACACCCUCAUCCUUCCAUCCCAUGGUGUGGGACAGCAGGCAGUGAACACCCCCUCCCCAUCCCACCUCCACACCCUCAUCCUUCCAUCCCUCAGCAUGGGACAGCAGGCAGUGACCAUUCCCCCUAUCCCACCUCCACACCCUCAUCCUUCCAUCCCUCAGCGUGGGACAGCAGGCAGUGAGCAUCCCCUCAUCCCACCUCCCUGCCCUCAUCCUAUCCAGCACUGUGGGACAGCAGGCAGGGAGCAUCCCCCUGUCCUUCCAUCCCAUGGUGUGAGACAGCAGAUAGGGAGCAUCCCCCUCAUCCCAGCUCCACACCCUCAUCCUUCCAUCCCUCAGCGUGGGACAACAGGCAGUGACCAUCCCCUCCCCAUCCAUCCCACCUCCACAUCCUUCAUCCUUCCAUCCCUAAAUGUGGGACAGCAGGCAGUGACUAUGUCCCCCAUCCCACCUCCAUGCCCUCAUCCUUCCAUUCCUUCAUCCUUUGCUCCCACAGCCACACAUCUGCUGGGCCAGCUCCCUGAGCCUGGGAAGCGCUGGGUAGGGAAUGACAACCAAGGAUGGAGCUGGGAGGAGGUGGAGUGCUGGAGGUGGAGUGUUGGAAGCAGGACUGUUUUAGGUGGCAAGCAGGAUGUCCCUCUAAAAGCGAGACACUCGAGAUGUGUGUGGUGGCAUUUUAAUGUGCUUUUAUCAAAGCAGCCACGUCCUUUUUUGUCGUCGUUUUAUGUUCGUUUUUAAACCUCCAUUAAACUACACAAGCCUUGGUUUUCAAACCCUGAUACAGAGGUUGCUGCCAUGUUUGUUGGUGGAAAUACUGAAAACUGGACCUGCCAUUUUUCUCUCUUUUUUUGUUUCCUUUAAACCCUUUGUGCUUCUGUUGGUUGCUCACAGUUAUCUUCCAGCUGACAAGCUUUUGCAUCCUUUUUUUUUUGUUUUGUUUUGUUGUUUGUUUUUUUUGGUCACAGAACUACACAUUUUGUAACCAGCCUCUUGAAGGUAACAUAAGGCAGCUAAUUAGUUGGAUUUCUGGUAGCACAUGCUACCAGAUUCGUAAUCCUGUUUGGAUUUUAGAGAGCUCUUAGAUGUGAUACACUAAUAUGAUCAGGAAGGACACUUGGCUGAAUCCAUAGGGAGCCUGAGGAUGCUGAGCACAGUGUGGAGCCUCAGAUGGGGAAUGGAAUAUUAAUGCAGCAGCCGAGUGAUUUGUCUUGUGUGGUUCAUAGCCCUGGUUUUUAUUGAGGCUGGUAAAUUACUUUACCUUGGCUUAUAAAAAUUUCAAGUUCUCUUAACGUUCUUUACUCUCAUGAAACUACUGUUGCCGUUACAAUAAAGAUGAUCGUUGUUUCGAUUGUAAAUCUUUCAUUUUUGAAGUGGUUCAGAUUUCCAGAGCAGCUUAAGGCUGGAGUGAAGUACCAAUCUUGGAAAAAAAAAGAAGUCAAUGUAAAAUCCCCUCUCCUCUCCCACACCUCUUCCCUGAUUUCUGGGAGAGCAGAGUCUCUUGCAUUCCCUCUGCUCCUAGUCCUGUGCUUCUUGGGGAAUAUGGGAACAUAAAUGACCAUAUUUUAAAAACCAUUUUGGGGGGUAACAAACACUCUUGCAAGUGUUUGGUUCACAGAGUUGUUCCCCUUCAAUCCAGACUGUGUUUCAAGCUACUCUUGCCCAUUGGGUUCUUAGGGGGGUUUUUUUGGUAUUAAAAUGUGCAAGGAUUAUUCCAGUUCAUCUGGUCAAACAGCUGGUUCUUCCCCUGCUGGACCAGAUCUUUUCUGAAGAGUAGAUUUUCUAAGUUCCACUUAAAACACAUAUUUUUGGGGUCCUUUUUUUUUUCCCCAACACGGUUAAGAAAAGUCAAGGCUGUGAAAAAAAAAAUCUGUUUCUGUUGUUCUCAGCUCAGGUUUUGGGACUGGAUUGUUUUAUGCCUGGCAAGUUUGGCCCUUUAUCUCACAGAACUGUUCUUUUUUUUGUUUUCCUCACACGUUCAUUUCUCGUGGCCGUUCCACGAUGUUUAUUUUCUGAGUUUGUCCCUUCCCAAACACAAUGUAAAUCCCGUGCUUUGGGGAUUUGGGAACUUUUUCUAAAUCUUACUGUCUUGCUGAUUUAUGCAAACACUAAGCCCUGAUGGUCUCUUGGCUGCCCUGUUAGAAGUGCAGCAGUUUACAUUCAUAUUUUUAUUACAUUUAAUUAUUUUUAGCACACCCCAUUUUUCAGCAGCAGCAGCUUCACAUUUUUCGGUGUCCUUUCUUCAUUAAUUUGUGUUAAGCAUUCUGAUUUCUUGAAGGAAAGCUGUGCAAAUGCCUUUCUUUGGGAGCAUGAAUGGUUCUUCGUGGAGCAGAAAGUUUUGUUCACAGGAGGCUUUGAAAAUCUUGUUCCAUUGCUGUAGUUUUGGAGCCUCUGCAGAGAGGUAAAUGGGUUUAUUCCAAAGUUUUAGUCAGUCUCGAGUUCUGCCCUGAUCUUACCAUUAAAAAAUAGUAGUUUAUAGCUUGUGUUAUAUGUUCUUUUGGAGAUUCUAAAUCCACACCACCACGCUGAGUUUUGCAGUUUAUGCCAAUAGUCCUGCCUUGAGCAAGGUUUGAUCAGUCAAAAUUGGCAGUUUUGGUUGGAAUUUUAUAUUAAAGGUGAUUUACUUCAGUUUCUGAUCAGCAUGGGAGUGCCAACCACGCUGAGCUGAACGGGUUUCUGAGUGGACUGUGGGGGAGAGCCUGUCAAAAAUGGGGCAGCUGAGAAGCUUUUAAUUUGGUUUUAACUUCAUCAAAGCAGAAGAGUGUGAGGGGAGAGAAGCAGCAGCACACCUUGGGUGACUCACCAGUGCCAGGUAAUGGUUCUGAGCCUGCUCAGCUCCUGUGCCAGCACAGGAGGUGAUGGACAACCAGGGAUAGUGGCAGAAGAUGUGCUGGAAUUCCUGGAUUUUUCUUUUUUUUUUUUUUCCCUUUUUUCUUUUUUUUUUCCCUCCACUGGUGAUGGUCACAAAGGUACAAUAGACACUGAGGCACCCAGGUUUGAGGAGGGAGGGAAGCAAAACUGUAACAUGCUGGAAGCUUUUGAGCUGUAGAAACUGGUGCUUUGCUUUAUGUAAUUUUGUCUGUGAAGUGUUUAUUUUUAUAACAGAUCAUAUUGUUGAACACAUGGUUCUUCAAAUCUUUACAAACUGAUCUCCGUGAGUUUAAUAUUUGGUUGAGAAGUGGACGUUCAUCUGUUGGGAGGGAGGCAGGAUGUGAAAAUGAAGCAGAUGGAUAUUUAAAGGGACACUGUUGCUGGCAUAUAGGAGAUGUUAGUUUGGGGGGGGGUCACACCUAUAUGUGGAAAUUAUAUAUUCUGUAUGUAUAUGAUCAAAUAGAAAAAUGUUCCCUGAGCUUUCGAGUAUUUUCCUACGGUUUUGGGAGGUUCAAAUAUAAGUUCUGAUCAAAUAGGAAGCAACACUAACUGUUCUGUUCUUGCUGUCCAAGGUGACUUUUUGUUUAAGUGCUCUGAGGAGCAUCAGAGCUCCGAGAGCCGACAGUGUCCUCUCGAGGCCUCCCCAAAAAUCAAGUUUCAGACCCCCCACUUCAGUAGCUGACUGGCAUUUGAAUGUCUUUUCACUGAACUCUUUCUACUAAAAACAAACCACGACUCAGAUUUCUAAGUCUGGUCAAGUCCUGCCACGUGCUGACUCUGUAUCAACCACUGUUGGCCCCGACUCCAACCUUCCUGCCCCUGCAGCCGGUCCAGCAUGCUCAGUGUGACUGCAACCCACCCUUGUGCAUAAUGCUUUGUAUAUUGGGGGCGAGGGGGUUUUUUAUAUAUAUAUUUUGGGAGGGGGGGGUGGGAGCGGGGUGGGACGGAGGAAAUCCUCGAAUCAGCUUAAGCCAGACUUAAAAUGUGUGUAAAAGCCCCCGAGGUCUGUGGUGUGUGAGUGCGCGGGGGUGAGUGCGCCUGGGAGCGUCCGACAUCCCUUUGUGUUCAGAGCUUUGUGAGUUUGACUUUUCUUCUUUUUUUUUUAAUUUUUUUUCUUUAUUAUUUUUUUGGGUUUGGUUUCGUUUUUCCUCUCCUGCAGAAGCAAUUGUUAACGAACUUUAAAAUUUGUAAAUAAGAGCUACGUUAAUUUUUUUUUUCGGUUUAACAUCCCUGAAUAAUCAGUUGGGAGGUAGAGAGAGAGGAGGAGGAGGAGACUCCAGGUAGGGCCUUGGGCAAGGCAUCAUUCUGUGGUAUGCAAUGAAUAUUUGUCUUGAGUAUUUGCAAUCCCCUGCUGAGCUUUUCUAAAAAUCAGGCUCUUUGCAGUUCCCCUCCCCAUCCUCUUUUAAUUUUUCUUUUUUUUUUUUGGUUGAUCUCAAGAGCAGACAGAAAAGGGGGCAGCUGCAAACAGUCACCUCUGGGCCCAGUGGGGUUGGCAACUCUUGCAAUACCUUGACAACACUGAGAUAAGCAUGGUACUAGGAGUUAAGUCUGAAUGUAACAUUAAUGCUUUAUUUAAAAUAAUAAAAAAAAAAAACAACCC